AUGGGUCGCAUAAGUGAGGCGGGAGAUGAAGAGAGAGCAAAUUUAAUUGAGAAAGGGGGAUCUUCUUCCACUACUCCCCACCCCAGAUCCUCAGAGGACAGCGUCUCGAGUGCCUCUACAACUUCUCUCGUCCUCGAGAAUCUUAACUCAGUAUAUGUAUCCAAAGAAGGCCGGCAGCAGUUUGAAUACCGUGACGAUGAUAGCGACCCUGAAUUACCCAGGUUCAAGAACAAAAGUUAUACUGGAAGCAGUCAACAUAUGUCGAAGAGCCUCCGCAGGACGAUCUGGAUUGUCUCGGUGAUUGCCAUUCUUGGCUGGGCUUUCGCGUUGGUGGUGUUCAUCACGGGCGGACGCUACAAGCAUGCCUCAACGCUAGAUUACGAUCAUGACACACCUACGAAAAGCUCCGGGAGGAAAAUCACUCUGGGACAGGUACAGACAGGACAGUGGAGGCCAAGACACGCAUCCAUCCAAUGGAUCAAAGGGCCGUCUGGUGAGGAUGGCUUGUUGUUGGAGUACAACCGGCCUGGGAAGGACUUUCUCGUUGUUGAAGAUAUUCGGAGUCGGAAUACAUCCUUGACCGCUUCGACCAGCGAAACCCUUAUGAAAAGUGGCUAUAUCAAUGUAAAUGGCCAACAAAAGUGGUCCGAGGACUUUUGGGUUAGCCCAGAUCACAAGUAUGUCCUGAUUUUGAUUGCCAGAGAAAAAGUCUUCCGCCAUUCAUUCAUUGGACUUUAUUAUAUCUUGAAUGUUGAAACGCAGAGUGUUCAGCCUCUCGAUCCAGCCUUCGCCACCUCGAAGGUGCAACUUGCGACGUGGUCCCCUACGAGCAAGUCGAUCGUUUUCACUAGAGACAACAACCUAUACUUGAGAGAACUCUCUUCUUCCAAAGUUACCCAGAUCACCACAGACGGGGGUCCAGAGUACUUCUAUGGAAUCCCCGACUGGGCCUAUGAGGAGGAGGUUUUUGGUACUAAUUCUGCCACCUGGUGGUCAAGGGAGGGGAAGUAUCUUGCUUUCCUCCGCACAAACGAGACCGCCGUUCCCGAAUAUCCUGUACAAUAUUUCCUGUCGAGGCCGAGCGGGAAGACUCCACCUGAAGGUCUAGAGAAUUAUCCUGAUGUCAAGCAAAUCAAAUAUCCAAAGGCUGGUGCUCCUAAUCCAGUCGUCGACAUGCUUUUCUACGACAUCGAUAAGGAGCAAGUCUUCGAGGUCAACAUCGAUGGCGGCUUCCCUGAUGAUGAUCGUAUUAUUUUCAAUACUGUGUGGGCAGACGAUGGCAAGGUCUUGGUCUCCGAGUCCAAUCGUGAAAGCGACCGUGCGAGAGUUGUCCUUGUGGACGUGGUUACGCAGACUGGACAAACUGUUCGUACUAUCGAUCUGAAGGGCGUUGAUGGUGGAUGGAUUGAUCCGACACAGCUGACAGAAUUUAUUCCUGCCGAUCCCGGAAACGGACGACCAAGCGAUGGCUAUGUUGAUGUCAUUGUAUCCGACAAUGGUAAUCACUUGGCAUACUUUUCACCACUCAACAGCUCCAUACCAAUCGUACUCACAAAGGGUGCCUGGGAGAUUGACGGAGGUGCAGCAGCGAUCGAUCUUAAGAACAAUUUGGUCUAUUUUAUUGCAGCCAAAGAGGCACCCAGCCAGCGUCAUCUUUACAGUGUGAAAUUAGAUGGCACUUCCUUUACGUCCCUCGUUCCCACCAGCGAAGCUGCGUACUGGGGAGCCGAUUUCUCCUCUGGCGGUGGUUAUAUUAACCUGCAAUACAACGGCCCCGGCAUUCCAUAUCAAAAGGUCAUCUCAACUCCUGCAAAUGCGGAGAAGAUCGAACAAACGGUUGAGGACAACAAGGACCUUUCUAAGAUGGCAUCAAGCCACGAACUUCCCCAUCUCAUCUACCAAAACAUUACUAUAGAUGGUUACACAUUACAGGCCGUGGAAAGAAGACCACCCCAUUUUGAUGAGAAGAAGCGAUAUCCCGUUCUCUUCUACCUUUACGGCGGACCUGGCUCCCAAAUGGUCACUCGCAGGUUUCAGAUUGAUUUCCAAUCUUACAUCGCCAGCUCUCUUGGGUACAUCGUUGUGACUGUGGAUGGGCGAGGGACUGGAUUCAUUGGGCGGAAAGCCCGCACAAUAGUUCGUAAUGAACUCGGAACCAUUGAAGCACACGACCAGAUUGAGGCCGCCAAAUUGUGGGCUGCUAAAAAGUACGUCGAUGCCUCCCGACUAGCAAUCUGGGGCUGGUCUUAUGGUGGUUUCAUGACGUUGAAAGUGCUCGAGAAAGACGCAGGUCAAACAUUCAAGUACGGCAUGUCGGUCGCUCCUGUGACGGACUGGCGCUUUUACGAUUCCAUCUACACAGAGCGCUACAUGCGGAUGCCGCAGCAUAACUCAGAUGGUUACGACCGCACCGCCGUCUCAAAUGUAACGGCGAUUUCCCAAAACGUACGCUUCCUCAUCAUGCAUGGAGUCGCAGACGACAAUGUUCACAUGCAAAAUACUCUGACACUAUUGGACAAGUUCGACCUCGCUGGUAUUGAGAAUUACGAUGUGCAUUUCUUCCCGGACAGCGACCAUUCGAUCUACUUCCACAACGCCAAUCAAAUCGUGUACGAUAAGUUAAGCACAUGGAUUAUCAACGCCUUCAACGGCGAAUGGUACCGGACGGAUGAUCCGAAACCGCUUGAAGAGUGA